UAGUUCGGAACAAGUAGGGUACCAGUAUACUUGAGCGGCAGAAAUUUGGUUUGACUCACCUCUUGGCACCAGCUAAUCAAUCAACAGCCGAACCAAUAGACCAGAGGCCAAUCAACCACACGAUUCUUCAUUCUUCAGUCUUCUUUCGUCUUCUUGACAAUCUACUCGCUUAUCUUGUCUUAUCUUAUCUUAUCUACGGUAUCAACAACCAGACGACCAUGAUGAUAACGCGAUUGGUCUACUUGUCUCUGUGGGGUAUCCUGGGUCUCUCUUGUUUGGUGAAUGAUUCCACGUUGCAAGUUUGGGCCGACACGGUGGUUGUUCCUAACAACAGUACUAGCACUACUACAAACUCUACUUGCGAGACGGCCGAAGCACGUUGGAGUGACACCAACGUGAAGGAAGUCUUGGAUGCCUGGCAGUUUACCCCAGACGAACAAGCGCGCUUUUUGGAAUUGCGCAUUCGGCUGUCCGAUAUUGAUCACUGGAAGAACGAUCCCGCCGAAGUGGCGCGCUUUAUUAAAGAACACAAUUUUCACGUGGCAAAAGCGGAAGAAAUGUUUCGUGGUAUGAUUGCCUGGCGGUUGGAGAAUGACAUUGAUACCUUUAUGGAACGUUACGGAGAACCACCCGCCAUUUUCCACUAUGCACCCCUCUUUUUACUGCGAGGACUCGAUCAUGACGGAGAUCCCAUUUUUGUCGAACGCAUUGGAGUACUGGAUGGCUGGGGACUCUACCAACGGCUUGGGCUGGACGCCAUGAUGGAUGCCAUGCGGUUUGUGUCGGAAGUUCAUACGUCCCGGGAAGUCGGUAUUCGGACCGAAUGGCAAUGGCAAAAAGGACACUACGAACGCGUCAUGGGCAAACGCGUCACCCAAUUUACCAUUCUCAUUGAUCUGGAAGGACUCGGAUUGCAACUGUUACGACCCGCCAUGUUUCAACUCUUGUCGGAAACGGCACGCAUUGCCCAAGAUCAUUAUCCCGGACUCGCCAAACGCAUUGUCAUGGUACGAGCUCCACGGCUCUUUCAAAUGGCAUGGAAGGUUGCCGUGCACUUUUACGAUGAUCGUGUCCAAGACAAAUUUAUCUUUACCACCAAGGAAGAUUAUUUGGAUAUUCUCUCCAAGUAUAUGGACUUGGAAGUACUGCCCGAUGUCAUGUAUCCGGGAGGUGGCAAGGGAUCUCAAAUGCCAGGAUUCUUUGAAAAGAUUCGAAUGGAAGGAGGACCCAUUCCCAAAGACAUGUCGUCGUCAUCGUCGUCGCUGCAACAAGAGGAAACCAACACGGCCAUAUUGUCGGACUUGACAGCCGCCAGUGCCCAGUAGCCAUGCCAUGUUUUUUUCUUCUUGGCCAUCACCCACUGUUUUAAGACUACCUCCACAUACAUACAUAUUCCAAAAAUGCAUGCAUGCAUGCAUAAUACCAACGACAACCACCACAGUUACAACAAGAGAGUAGUAUAGCUACAAGACACACGGCUAGCUAGUCAUGGCUUUUUACCUCUCCAACCAAUUCAUUCUUAGCUAGUAUCGUCGCUGGAUGUCCGUCAUGACGGGUGGGUCGCAGGAUCGCAGCGCAUUAGACCAAUCUUAGUUUCAACAAGACCCCUCCCUGAAGCUCAUCACGAGCCCCCAAAACAUCGUACUACUUACUACAUGGACAGCUUGGUCCAUCGCGCCGUUUUCUUGGACCCCUGUGUCCGCGAGCAAAAAGCACGUAAAGAGCUCUAUACUCAUCCGCGCCGUGGUGUGACACCUCAUGCCCAUCACUUCAAUCAUGGCAUGAGCUCCAAAGGAAGCCAGGAGUCCAUGGGCUUCAUUAUAGAGAGGUGCAAGCAGAACCACCGAAGACAAAAAAUCCACA